AUGUUCACCCUCUGACUUAUAGCUGUCAACAAUGAUAUUUAAUAUUAAAAUAUUGGGAAUUAUAUCUGUGCUAUUGUGCUUCAAGUAUGCCUCAUCAAUAUUUUGUUACGACUGUAACAGCGCGUACGAUCCGCGCUGCGGGGAGAACUUCGACUCUUUCAGUUUAGGAGUCGUUAACUGUUCUCUGAGGGACCCUCCCGAACAUAUUGUGGAACACGUGGAACCAACCUUUUGUAGAGUUAUUAAGAUGGAGAUUUAUGGCAAGGUAAGAAUCGUAAGGCAAUGCGGAUUUUUGGAAGAAGAUAACGGUGAACACAUUUGUAAAAAACAGACGGGCAACGGAGAAGUCUACGUUACUUAUUGCUCCUGUGAUACAGAUCUGUGUAACGGAGCCGCCAACAUCGAACAACAGAUGGCGCUCUUCACAAUAAUUGCAACACCUUAUAUUUUUAAAUUUAUUCUCGCUUGAUACACCGAAAGUGUUCGUACGUGUUUAUUAUUAUAUUUAUUGUUAGUUUUUAACUGCCACGUUUACAAGUAAUAAACAGAACCUACCUAUAACCAGUUAAAUAAAUUAUUUUCAGUCCGAUA